UUAUUAAGGAUCUUAGGAGCCAGGUGGUGCGAGAGGCGUGUAUAACAAUAGCGCACAUGGCGAAAGUAUUGAAAAACAAACUGGACCAAUUCACUCUGUACAUAAUGCAAGAAGUUAUCAAUCUUAUACAAAAUGCAGCUAAGGUGAUGUCGUCUGCGGGCACCAUCUGCCUGCGCUACGUGGUGGUGCACGUGCACGCGCCGCGCCUGCUGCCGCCGCUCGCAGCCAACCUCACCACGCACAAGUCUAAGGAGAUACGAUCCACGCUCAGUGAGCUGCUGGUAAUACUCCUGGAGCACUGGUCCACCAGCUGCAUAGAGAAGCAGCAGCAGGUGGUGCGGGACGCCGUGCGCCGCGCCUGCGCCGACGCAGACAGCACCGCGCGCAGCCACGGACGAAAGGCGUACUGGGCGUACAAACGUCACUUCCCCGAGGACGCGGAGCAGCUGUUCACGAGACUGGACCCCGGGGCGCAGAAGCAGAUUGAACGGGAAAGGGUCGGCAGUGUUGACAGUCUGCAUCACAUCGGCACAGAAAGGAGAGCGCUCAUAAGUCCAAAGAGUCCGUCUGCGAGUGUUUCGGAACGUUCUCCAAGCGCGGGCGUGGGCGGGGCGGCGCGCAGCGUGUCCGCGCUGGACUCUGCGGCGGCGCAGCGCGCUCGGGCACGCGCACUCUAUUCGCAUAUGAGCCGCGCCAAGGUCACCGCCGGCACUGCCUCGCUGCGUAUGUAGAAGCCCUAAUUUUUA